UAGUUGUCUCAGGUGUUAGAACAGUAUUCAGUGUAUUUGCCAGAAUGCAACUCUACUUAAAUUAAUGUGGAAAAUAAAAAUAUAACUGGAUUCUGGCUUACUGCUUUGCAAGCAAAUGGGAAAAGGACCAAUGAGACCGACCAGAUUAUCAGGUCAUCAGUUUCUUCCAGUUGCGGCACAAGAUCUUCCAUUUGUUUCAGUAUCUGGAUAUUUGGAAAAACGUAGAAAAGAUCACAGUUUCCUUGGUUUUGAAUGGCAAAAACGUUGGUGUGCUUUGAGUAGAACAGUCUUCUACUACUAUGGAAGUGACAAAGACAAACAACAGAAAGGUGAAUUUGCUAUAGAUGGCUACACCGUCAGAAUGAAUAAUACCCUUCGGAAGGACGGAAAGAAAGAUUGCUGUUUUGAAAUCGCUGCUCCUGAUAAACGCAUUUAUCAGUUUACAGCUGCUACUCCCAAAGAAGCUGCAGAAUGGGUAGAGAGCCUGAAAUUUGUAUUACAAGACAUGGGAUCUCUCACUAUUCCAGAAGAGGAAUAUGAUGACAUUGAGGAAAAUUCCAUAUCUCCUUCUCAAUCAGGAGUAGCACCUAUUUUUGAUGACAUUUAUGAAGAGCUUCCAGAAGAAGCAGCAACAGUAGCUGAAAUGCCAGGAAAGAGUGAAGAACCAAAGAAACAAAGUCAGGAAGCUGUAAGCAGUAUUUCAGGCAAUAAAAAAACCGAUUAUGUUAAUUUCUAUCAAGGUUUAUGGGAUUGCGCUGGUGAUGUUCCUGAUGAGCUGUCAUUCAAACGUGGUGAUGUUAUCUACAUUCUCAGUAAGGAGUACAAUAGAUUUGGCUGGUGGGUAGGAGAAAUGAAAGGAACCAUUGGCUUAGUGCCUAAAGCCUACAUAAUGGAGAUGUAUGAUAUUUGAGAGGCAACACCAGUCUGAUUCUGCAAACUGCAAGCCAACUGUGAAGAGGUUACAGAGAUCUACAUGAACUUAAAGACUGGGAAGAUAUAGACAUUUUUACUUUGGUUUUUGCUAUUUGCUUUGACACUCUUUGUUGUGGUAUACAAUUAUUUAGGGUUGUAUUUAUUACUCACUUGGUAAAUGAGCAUAACCUGAUUAUAUGCACUUGAAAUUUAAUGGAAGAAAGCUGCAAUAAAUUUUUGAUGAUCAGCCUAA